UUACAUUUUCGGCUGUCAAAAAGGAAGAACUUCAAAGUUUAGUUAUGGUACAAUGUCUUUGAAAAAGCAUAAUUUUGUUCAAACUAAUUCGGUUUCGUUGUCAAGAAUUAUUUCAACAUGUUUAGCAGCUAUAAUGUUGAGAUAUUAUUUGAUGCUCUCCAAAUAUCAAGCAGUUAUAGCGAAUCAUGUAGAAGUAUCAACGCCCUUAAAUUCCUGGAAAAGGGUGUCAGAAGGACUAUAUUUAUUAUCACUUAAAAUCAAUCCUUACGAAGGAGAUGUAUUACAUGAAACCCCGUUAUCAUUAUUCAUGUAUAAGAAGAUAUUGCAGAUAUUUCAAGGGAAAGUACAUUUGGUUUUCAUUAAAUUUGAUAUACUCACUGCCAUUAUAUUGUAUUUUGCUAUAAAGAGGUACGUUUUGGAAGUAUACAAUGAAGAAGAAAGAAACAAACAUACUUACGCUAAAGAUGCUGUGGACAGUUUCCUUAGACCAGAGAAGAUAUUUAAAACUCCGUAUUAUGUACUUCUAGCUUACUUGUUUAAUCCAUAUACCAUAUUGAACUCCGUUGGUUACUCUACAACUGUGUUUUACAAUUUUUACUUGUCUUGUGUUUUGUUCACAAUGGUAAAUGGGUUACCUUUAUUAUGUGGCAUAUUUCUUGCCAAAACUGCAUCAAUAUCUUUCUAUUCUUUGGUACUUCUAUUACCUGGUGUGAUUUAUUUCAACCAUAUUUUUAAAAGUGUAAAAAUGUGUGUAAUUUGUGUAGUAAGUUUUGUAAUAAGCUCUCUAGUUAUUGUGCUUAUGUGUAGUGAUUAUGGAAAAGACUUCAGUUACUUUAGAAGUGUUUAUGGCUGUAUUUUAAAUGUACCUGACUUACAACCGAAUAUUGGACUAUUUUGGUAUUUUUUCACUGAAAUGUUUGAGCAUUUUAGAGAACUUUUCAUAUAUGCUUUCCAGAUUAACACAACCAUCCUUUACUUAGUACCUAUUUCCAUAAAAUUUAGGAAUCAACCAUUUUUAUUGAUAAUAGCAAUUAAUUUUAUAAUAACUAUUUUCAAAUCAUAUCCAAGUGUUGGUGAUGUAGGUUUUGUAUUGAGUAUAAUGCCAGCUUUUCCUCAUAUAUUUGAAUUCAGUCAACAAGGCUUCUUAGUUGGUACCAUGCUGAUUAUAACUACAUGUUUAGGUCCUAUUGUGUAUUACUUAUGGAUAUAUUGUAACUCUGCAAAUGCUAAUUUUUAUUUUGGAGUGACUUUAGCAUUUGCUGUUGCUCAAAUAUUUCUAUUAACUGAUUUGUUGUUCUCGCAAGUAAAACGAGAGUAUAUGUUGAAAUAUGGCAAAGAUAGGAAAGUUGACGGGGAUGAAGGAAAUUUAUGUUUAGAAUAGAUGUUCCAAUACAAUUGUUUAUUAUUUGCAAAAAGACAUAAAUAUUUAUAAUUGUAUAGUUUGAAAUUUGUUCAAAAUCUAUUAUACUACUGUGGUACUGUCUAAAAUUUGUAUUCUUGCUGCUAAUAUUUUUUUAUAUUCACCUUGUAAAUCAUUUUCAACUAAUAGUGGAUUCAGUUUAUCCAUUAUUUGAUACACCUAAAAUAAAUAAAAAUAUACUUUUGAAUAUUAA